UUCUCUCACUACUCACAAACACCACCAUUCCAAAUUCAAAGAAAAAACGUAACUCCUCCGUCGUUCCCACUCCCUCCAAACGAACCGUUUCGCACCUUUCUCGGAUCGCAUCGCAUCGCAUCGCGCAUCAAUGGAAGCUCCCAAAGGCGCUGGUGGAAGACGCGGCGGUGAUAGGAAGAAAGCCGUUUCCAAAUCCAUCAAAGCCGGUCUCCAAUUCCCCGUCGGCCGCGUCGCACGCUACUUGAAGAAAGGCCGCUACGCCCUCCGCGUCGGCACCGGUGCUCCCAUCUACCUCGCCGCCGUCCUCGAGUAUCUCGCCGCUGAGGUGCUGGAGUUGGCCGGUAACGCCGCACGUGACAACAAGAAGAACAGGAUCAACCCUAGGCACGUGUUGCUCGCGGUAAGAAAUGACGACGAAUUGGGGAAACUGCUUCAAGGUGUGACUAUCGCUAGUGGCGGAGUGUUGCCGAAUAUUAACCCCGUUUUGUUGCCGAAGAAGGCCGCCAGCGCCGCUGCUGAAAAAUCCUCCACCCCUAAGUCUCCUAAGAAAUAGAUGUUGCAUGCAUUUUGUAAAACCUUGCUGUUAGUUUUUUUUUUCGAAUUUGUUUUUUUUUUUCUUCGAAAGGUUACAUAUAUAGUUUUUAGGUUAGUUGGAGUAUGAUGCUGUAACCUAGCUCCUGGUCUUUCAUGUAUGCACAAAUGUAAUAGGUUGCGAAUUCAUAUAUGGAAGAAGCCUUUUUUAUUUUUUAUUUAA